AUGAAGACGAAAUCAUCCGCAUCAAUGUUAGUUGUUCAAAAUCUGGUUGUUCUUAUGAAGAAUAAGACAAUUCUCAAUGGUAUCAACGCAGUAGCUCAAAGUGGAGACCUCCUAGCAAUUAUGGGCCCUUCAGGUUCUGGAAAAACAACACUUUUAGAUACAAUUGCGGGAAGAGUUCAGGCAACAUCAGGACAAAUAACUUUAAAUGGACACUGUCUUAACAAGCAGCUCAGAUGCAGACUUGGUUAUGUGUUGCAAGAUGAUGUUUUUAUGUCCAGUUUAACUCUCUCAGAAACAUUACAUUUUACAGCAAUGAUUAGCAUUCCAGAGUCUGUCACUUGGAAGGAUAAACAAGCCAGAAUAGUUGACAUAGUGAAUGCAUUAGAUCUGACCAAAUGUCUAAACACAGUUAUAGGUGACUUUGUUGUCCGUGGAUUGUCUGGUGGUGAAAGGAAAAGAGCCAAUAUAGCAUGUGAAUUCCUGACAGAUCCUGAUAUAAUGUUGAUCGAUGAGCCUACAUCCGGACUGGACUCUUCAACAGCCCAUAAACUGAUGAUCCAGCUUAAGAACUAUGCCACCCAGUACAACAAAACUAUAAUAGCUACAAUACAUCAACCGUCUAGUCAAGUUUAUCAUAUGUUUUCAACGUUACUAUUGUUGAUGGACGGCAACGUUGGUUAUUUUGGCAAAGCAACAGAAGCGUUAGAUUAUUUUGAGAGAAUAGGCUAUAAAUGUGCACAGCAUUUCAAUCCAGCUGAUUUUUUGUGUAAGUAA